AUGGAGAGCUCGGCGGGCGACCCAUACCGGCGGCCCGCACGGCGCACUCAGUGGCUGCUGAGUGCCUUGGCUCACCACUAUGGGCUGGACCGCGGCGUGGAGAAUGAGAUCGUGGUGCUGGCUACCGGUCUGGACCAGUAUCUGCAGGAGGUUUUCCACCACUUGGACUGCCGGGGCGCAGGCCGCCUACCGCGCGCCGACUUCCGUGCGCUCUGCGCGGUACUGGGGCUGAACGCUGACGGGGACACAACCACGGAGGACGCAAACUCCGCGGAGGCGGCCUCCACGAACCCAGCUGCUGGGAUGAUCGCUGGCGGGGACGCGGACGUCAGGGAAGAGGCGCGCCUGGCUCUGCGCGCCGACCCUCCAGAGCUCACCUUCCGCCAGUUCCACGCGCGCCUCUGCGGCUACUUCAGUAGCCGAGCGGGGCCCCGGCUGCCCCGCGGAGCUCUCAGCGAGCACAUCCAGACACAGAUCCUCCUCCGCCGCCCGCGCCGCCGCCGCCGGCCUGGCUCACCGAGCCUGCACAGUGGCGCCUAUGGCGAGCGCGUGGCACAUCUAGAGGAGGAAAACAGUAGCCUACGCGAGCUGGUGGAGGACUUACGGGCUGCGCUGCAGAGCAGUGACGCGCGCUGUCUGGCCCUUCAGGUCGGCCUCUGGAAAAGCCAGUCGGACGUCCCGGAAGCGGCGGCGCACGAGCUGCAGCGAGCGCAGGAUGCGCUGGCGGAGGCGGAGGCGCGCGCCCGGCGGCUGCAGCGCGGGCAGGUGGAGGUGCGGCUGCGCACCGAGGAGGCCCGGCAGGCGGUGCGGCGCAGCUUGCACCGAGUGCGGGAGCUGGAGGCGCUGGCGCGGCGCGUCCCCCGCUUGCAGCGCCAAGUGCAGCGACUGGAGGCAGAGCUUAGGCGUUACAGGUCAGAAGGGCCUCAGCUCCUAACACCCCCACAAGCCAGUCCAAAGCCAGGAAACAGGAAUGGUGAACCUGCGGCUGGAGGAGCCAGAGAUUCGGACACCACUCCAGAGGGAGUCCAGCGGUCAGACAGCAGAGGCACAGAUGAAGAGGAUGAGCAGCUGUUCCGCUCUGUGGAAGGCCAAGCCGCCUCUGAGGAGGAAGAGGAAGAAAGGUGGCAGGAAAAGCCAGGGCGCCCACAGGCCCACGGCGCGGUACCCCUGGUGCAACCUGCAGGCUGUGUGAGUAGGUGUGACGACCAGACAGCUGAGACACUCAAGGCUUCCUUUGGCCACUGUGAUGGUGCUGAGCACAUCUGCACCCUAGAGCUGGAAACCCAUGUCACCAGGCUUGGGGAACAGCUGCAGACCCUGGGCUGCAGCAAAGAGACCCUGAGGACACCAGAGGAGGAGGCAGAACUGCAGCAGAUGGCGGAAGCUGAGCAUCUGAGGCUGGAGCUGCAGAUGGUGGAGACAGAGAGGGUCCGGCUGUCGCUGCUGGAAGAGAAGCUGGUGGAUGUGCUACAACUCCUGCAAAGGCUCCGGGACCUGAACAUAUCAAAAAGAGCCCUGGGGAAGAUGUUGCUGAAUGCCAUGGACCAGAACCCCUCCCAUGAGGGUACACGUGGCGCCUUGGCCAUCCUGGACACCUUGCACCAAGCUUUGGUUGGCUGUGAGCUCCUACAGAGAAAUCCCUCCACACCAGCAUCCACGGCUCCUGCACACACGAACCCCUUCCUCGUUUCCUGCUGAGCUCGCUGGCCCAGACUUGGGCCACCGUGGUUAUUCUCACCAUCAUCAGACCAGCCUGAACCACAACCAGGCUAGCUAGCCUCCAUGAUUAACCCGACCACUAAUGGGACUAACACUGGCUGUCGCUGGACCAGCCACCGUGGUUGUCCUGACUUCCAGUCUAGUGGCCACUGUUGGACUGUCCACCAUCUGAACACUCUCCACAAAUGGUCUGACUCUCGUCAUUCCCUCAGAACUCUGGCAGCCAAGGCUCCUUCCAAAACUGGGUCUGGCAGCAACCCCUUUCUUGGACCUCUUACAUUCUCUCAGAGCCCCCACAUUGAAAGCCUGGAGUCCUGAGAUCUCCACACACUGCCCCCCAGCACUGUCCUCUUCCACCAGCAUACCAGCUGAGUAAACCCAGGCCCAGCCUCCAGGACACAUCUAAUCACUGGGGAAUUCCCCACCUCUGAGGCAGUGUUGCAACUGGGAAUAGCAGAGUGCUCCAAGGAGAAAAUGAAGUCUGUAGGCUUGUGGGUGGAAGCUGGGCUGUCACCUCAUCCAAGAGGAGAGGUGGAAUGUGGGUAGGCACAGAGGAAAGGCACAACCAGAUCAAAGGUGGGAUGCCACCAAGGACCCACCCCCUCAGGAGUCAGUGCUCAAGGCCAGGCACCAAACAGGCAGGUCUGAAGCAGGGACCUGCCUCCUUUUGAUCCUCCCUGCUCAGCCUGAGCACACAAGGCCCUGCUUGCCCCAGCCGACUGACCUAUGCUAUGUGGUCUGCUCAAGAAAGGCCUGAUAAAGCUGUAUGCGAAUUAGAAUGUAGUGUGGACAAAUGUGCAAGGAAGCACUGUGGGGGACCAGGCAAAGGGGAACCCCCCACUUUGGCGAGUCUAAUUUUGUGAGCUCACAGGAAAGAUAGAAGAGAAAUAACUGAGUACUUCUGGGAGGAAGCGGACCGAGGCCAGUGUGGCACUGCUGUGCAUCCCGGGUUUUGUUCUCUGUUUUUCUCAUGCCUGAGCACUACGGGAGCCCCCAACCAUGCACACUGUUGCCCUCAGUCUGCUCUCAACAAGCUGCACUCACUGGAGCCUGAGAGGUGCAGGCUUCAUCAGAGCGUUGGCAAACUGGGAGAAGGAAAGUUCCUGCAGCCCAAUUCCCAGAGCUGGCCCCUCCUGUCCCAGCCCAGGGAGAGCAGACCAGAGACAAGUUUGGGCUCCCUAAAACAGCCAUGACCACAGGCGCUGUGUUUGGUUGUUUUACAUUCUUUGAAGAGGAUGCCCCUAUGUUGCUCAGGCUGGUCUCAAACUCCUGGGCUCAAGCUAUCCUCCUGGCUCCCAGGCAUUUGGAACAAUAGGCCAUAGUCCCAUGUGCACCUAGCUAAUCCUGGAGUAACAGAACACCUACUUCCUACCUUCACUUUCUAUUACCACAUCACAAAAGGCUCAGCUCCUGGACUUCCUUACCCAGCACGUGGAGUCGGCCUUUCGCAGAAGACAAUCUGAAGAGACAAUCAUCCCUGACUGUAUCAGAGAGUCACGAAACAUCCGACUAGGAAUUUGAAACAUCUGGUUACCAGGCAGCUCUAAAGGAAGAGGCCAGCCGCAUGCAAGACCAAGCGAGCAACACAAACAGAGGAUGCCUGUCCCAAGGAAGGGCCAGCAAUUGCAAACAGAGUAAAGAACUCUUCCAUAUGAUCAGAGACGAUGGUGCAAAUGAGGAAGGACUCCAGAGAGAGGCUCAGAGAUGAUGCUAGGAAGCCUAAGGAAACGUCCUAGAAAAUUCUAGAACUGAGCAGCAGAGAUGAAAAGUCUAGGAACAGGGAGCAGAAAAGGCCAGAAAGAAUUGGACAACUCUACCAUGUGUAACUGAGGGGAGAAGAUGCAGACCAACAGCUAAAGCAGAGAUGGUUGAACGUCCCCACACUCCUGCCAGGCACCAAAGCACGGAUCUAGAAGAUGAAAAGUGCACAGGCAGAAUCAAUGCAAAACAAAAUAAAAAUUACAAUGAUACUGAAGACCCGGAAUUCCAUCGCUCAGGAGGCUGAGACGGGAGAAUCAGGAGUUUCCAGCCAGCCCAAGUUAGAUAGUGAGAGCUCAUCUAAAAAAGGCAACAGGAGAGAGGAGAGAGUGAGACACUGAGAUGGGGAGAGAGUAUUCAUUGAGUCUUGCAAAAAUCACCGUUCAGAUCGAAGGAGUAAAGGCUCUCAGACAAGCAAAACUCACUGCAGCAUGCAAGAAACAAAGGAAGGGUUUUUUUUUUUUUGGGGGGGGGAGAAGGUGAAUUAUACAAGCAAACAUUUUGGAUUCAUAUAAAGAAAGAAAAACCACAAAAGAAAGAAUAAGUUAAGGUAGAAAACAAUUCUUUAUUUCUCUUAUUCCCCCUUAGCUAACAAUGAGCCGUUUGGUGACAAUCUGAGAACGAAGCAUGUGUUGCAUUCAGCUUCUGUGAGUGAAAUGCCCAGCCCAGGCACAUGGGCAGUGCAGGAACUGGGACGUCUUGCUAUUGUGGCUACGGUGGAGCCUGGAAAGCUUUGCUGUCCAUGAAGCAGCACAGUUGUUGAAAAUGGACUUGGAUGGAUGGGCGUUGCAAUGUUAGA